UGACCAGUUCCUGACCUGCUUCAUAUUCAAUAUUUAUCCCCGCCCCUCCGCCAGGGCCACUCAUCCACUCAGCCCCGUGGAGAGCUCUGGGCUGCUCUCGUCUUUCUCCAGGGGUCCCAACUGAACGCCUCAUCCAGCGAAAAACGCGUGGUUUUUAUUUUUGCCCUCUCCAGGCGGUGUAACUCGGCAUGGCUAGCGUGACUGGUGUCUGGCUGCGUUCGGGAGUCCUGCGGCUCGUAGUCUUGCUGCAAAUCGUCAGCUUGUGCUUGACCCAGGGUCCGUUCGAUGAGCAACGUGUAGUUGGAUCCCCGGGCCCAGCUGGGAUUCCUGGAUCAGACGGUAUCGAUGGGGAACAUGGACCGCCUGGGCCCCCUGGUCCACCAGGAGUAAAGGGUGAUCCUGGUGAACCUGGACUAGAUGGACCUCAAGGUGACCCGGGAUAUGAUGGGCUGGAAGGUCCAAAGGGAGAGCCAGGGAUCCCUGGAAGGCCAGGUCCCAAAGGUCAGGUGGGCUUUCCUGGGCCUCCUGGACCACCAGGGGCUGGAACCAUGGGACCACGUGGUCCUCCUGGUCUAAUUGGUCUUCCUGGAGAAAUUGGCCGUCCUGGAGCUAAAGGUGCAGCAGGACGACUUGGAGCAAUGGGGCAGCCAGGACCACCAGGUCAACAGGGGCUUCCUGGUAACCUCCAUGGUCCAGAGGGCAGUGCGGACCUCCUGUGCCCAACCUCUUGCCCUCCAGGUCUGAAAGGCCCACAGGGACUUCAGGGUCUCAAGGGUCACAAGGGCAAACCAGGACCUCUGGGAGAUUCUGGCAUACAGGGACCCCCAGGCAUUAAAGGUUCUACUGGCAUCUCAGGAGAACAAGGCAUUCCAGGCCAACCAGGUCCUCAGGGUCUUCGAGGAUACCCUGGCAUGAUGGGAGCAAAAGGCGAAGGAGGUCCUCGUGGAUACAAGGGCAUGGUGGGUCCACCUGGUCCAAUGGGUCUUCAGGGUAAACAAGGCCCCGAGGGGCCACUUGGAGAUUUUGGUGACAAAGGAGAGCGAGGAAUACGAGGGCAACAUGGACGUCAAGGUCCAAGUGGACUGAAGGGACAAAAUGGAUUACCGGGCAUCGAUGGCAAGGACGGCACUCCUGGGGUUCCUGGUAUGAAGGGAGGUGCAGGACAAUCUGGAAUUCCAGGACCCGCUGGUCCCCAGGGAGGAGCUGGUUUACCUGGACAACCUGGUCAGAAGGGAGCUGCUGGUUCUAAGGGUGAAAGAGGGCCUCAAGGAAUGACUGGUCUUACUGGUCCUCCAGGUCAAAUGGGUGAGCCAGGACCCGAAGGUGAGAUUGGCCCACCAGGACCCAUGGGUCUAAAGGGUGACAGAGGAAUGCCUGGUGAAACAGGUCCUCCAGGACCCAGAGGCAAGAGUGGUAUUAAAGGAGAACGGGGUCCCACUGGAAUCCCAGGUCCUCAGGGUGUUCCUGGAUUUAAAGGUGAUAAGGGUUUCCAAGGGAAAACAGGACCCAAAGGUGGCGUUGGCGACCCAGGAGUGCAAGGACUGGAUGGUGAUAAAGGUGAAAAGGGAGACUCAGGGGAGCCUGGAGUGGAGGGACAGCAAGGUGUAAUGGGGGAGCCGGGGUACAGGGGCCCGCCUGGUAACCCAGGAGAACCAGGAGCACAGGGUCGAAUGGGAUUGCCCGGCCCCCGAGGUCCCAAUGGAGAGCGCGGUGUUACAGGAUCGACUGGUCGUCAGGGGAUCGCUGGGCGUGAUGCAGGAGAUCAGCAUAUUGUUGAAGUUGUCUUGAAAAUGAUGCAAGAGCAAUUAGCAGCAGUAGCAGUCAGCGCGAAGCGAGCGGUCCUGGGAGGAGCAGGGAUGACAGGACCCCCUGGACCCCCUGGAAAGACAGGCCCUCCUGGUGGACAAGGGGACCACGGGAUUCCUGGGCCUCGUGGCUUACCUGGUCUGCCAGGUGUUCAAGGCCAGGUCGGAAAUACUGGGCCCAAAGGAAAACAAGGAGAGAAGGGAGAUCGAGGUGAGAAAGGUCGUGGACACCCAGGACUCCCAGGUCCACCAGGUAUCACAGGACCCCCAGGAAUGCCUGGAAGGAGUAUAAAUGGUAGGGAUGGUGAACAGGGAGUGCCCGGUGUGCCUGGACAGCCUGGCCGCCCUGGUUUGCCUGGACCUCCCGGUAUCCCCGGAUUCUGUGAAGCUGCCGCUUGCUUAGGGGCUUCUGCAUAUCUAGCUUCUGGUGGUGGACCAGACUACAAGGGGCCUUGAACUAACCAUGAGCAACAGUGAGCAUGCGGCCAAAUGAACCAUCGAGAGCCGCACGCACGGUGGGGAAGGAGGUGAACGAAUAAAACAGGAGUUCUCGUGAAGAAUGAACUGAUUUCGAAUAUUUGGUGCUUUUUUCCUAAAAAAAAAAUGAAACACAAAUGAAAAAGGAAAAAAAAGUUACUGCUUUUCAAAUUAAACAGAAGCCCAAAGGGUUUAAAACAACAGGCAUGUUUAUUUGAGCAAAUAUUGAAUUUAUGUACAUUGGUUCUAAACUGAAUACGAUAAAGUAUUAGGGAAUGUUAAUACUGAAUUUUGUCACUCCCUUGUAUAAAGCUAAAUAGUUUAGCAGUGUGUCUCCGUGUUUGUAAUGUAAUGAAGUUCCUUUUCAAUGUAUUCUUUACUGGAUUAAAUGUGUUAUUAAAGGGGCCACCUUGUGCUAUGGUCUGACCAGACACCGAGACCCAGACCAUUGUGGAAACGCGCUCUCUAUCACAUCACUCAUCUUCUCACUUCAGAUUGCCGUCGAGGGAUUCCAUAUCUGUAGCUGGGCUCAGGCCCUUUUCAAUCAGUCAGCCACAUUUCACUCGGGCAGCCCAGGAAUUACGCAUGGCAGCUCCGAUAGGAUUCCAGAGGAAAUGACUGCUGGAAAUCUGAAGUAGGCAGUGGAUCGGUCGGCAUCUGUAAGAGUAAUGUUCAUGUUGCAGACAGUCUUGAUGUUUUCAGAUCAUACCUUCAGUUGAAGAACUGUAGUGCAACAGUGAAAGGCCGGUUGUUCUCUGACAGGGUGCUGCUGUUGCCUUGGUGUCUGCACACUCUUUACGGGUCCCCGGAAUCUGUACAAUGGGGAGAGGGAGAGGCUAACAUCAGACCCAUCCUGCACAAAGAUCCCACUCAACCCAGAUACUCAGCCUCUAGUCUCCAGGACAGUCGGGAUUCAAUGGGGAUCUGCCCCCAUCUGAAUAAUGAGACAUUGGCUCAGUUGUGUUGGUGUGUGGCAGGUUAUGUUCUGUUUUCUCUUUUAGGUGUUGGUUGGCGGGCUGAAUAGUUCCAGUGUUUUUGGUGUUCUUUUAAAUUUGAUUUGGAGCAGCAUUGACACUGAGCUGUUGUGAGUAACGUUCAGGGCCAUCUCACAGGGAGUGGGUGGUUGGGCAGUGUUCUGAGUUUUACACUAUCAUUGUAUCUCUCUAUCCUCAUCCACCCUCUUUCAUCAACACAGAGAAAGUCCCAAAGAGCAGCAGUAAAAAACCAGCAGUGAAUUUGCCCACAGUCUCCCUCACUGUAAAUGUAGAUGUAUGUUUUAGAGGAUUGGCACAGAAGAAAAUACUGGUCCAUGAAUCAAGCAGCAAAAUGCCAAGAUGAGGCCCCUGUGGUAAUGGCUUUAAUCAGUAGGUUAUUCUCCUACAUGUAACCAAUUGGCACUUCUGAAUAAAGAUAUUUGAAGCCACUGGUAAACACAAAUCCACACACCAAAGUUAAAAUAAACCCUGCUGAUUAACUUCAUUAACAUCAUUUUAUUUAUUGUGUUUUAAAUCUUGUGCAGCUGUAAAGACCGUGUGUUUGCCUCACAUUGUACUGGAGCACCAGCCAAUAAAACAGACCUUUUGUAAAAGACAA